AUGAACUGUUUUGAAUUCUCUCGCGUUGUUCGUUACAAUAAUAACAAACACAAACAGAACACAACAACGUAUCAUCGAUACAGAUCAUCACAGAUCAUGAGCAACGAGACGAACAAAGGAGGGAAAGAAGAAGAAGAAGUAGAAAUCCUUCUGUCACCAGUGCUCGCACCUGCAGCUGCGGACAAAAUAGAAGAAGAAGAAGAAGCGGAAACCGGUGAAAUCGAAGAACCAUCGUCACCCACGCAAGCGUUGGGAAAGAUGUUUGAGGACGCGCAAGACGCCGCGUACGUGGUAAAGAAAGAUGUGGAAGAGCUCGCGUCUUCAGCGGCAGAUUUCUUCAGCAAGCUCCAGUUUGAUUUGUUUAAUCCCGAAACGAGAGAAGAUUCUCCCGCGAAGCUAAACAUUCAAAGGACCUCAUCAAAACAGAAUAUAACAAAUAACAACACGCAAGAGCAAGAAAAUAGUAACAUGAACGAUUCUAUCGACAUCGUCGAUCCGUUUUCGGAGGUGUCUGCGGCUGCAAAAUCAGUAACAGAAGAGAUAACAAACGCUUUUUCGCAAGUGACGAGUUCGAUUAAAGACGAGUUUUUCCGCGAAGGCGGCGUUGGUGGUGAUUUCGCAGAUCCGUCUUCGUCUUUGUUGAGUACAGAAAUUGACGUUUUGUUCCCGGAUUUACCCGCAGAUGUCGUUCUAGUAGACGCGGUGUCGUGUUACUUGAUGCAAACGUACACGUGUAAGAAUAAUUCGUUGACACCAGAUGUCGGAAUGAGCUUUGCGGGUGGAUUGUUUUUGUGCGAUUCGUACAUUUGUUUCGCGUUGACCUCUACUCCAUCAACAAACUUACAAGGAGCAAAGGUUGUGGCGAAAUAUUCAGAUAUUGUUUCGUGCAACGAGGUUGAAGAGUUAUCGACAUCUGAGAAUCUAGCGAGAUUGUUUUCGGUCGCUUUCACAAGACCAAUGGAUUAA